AUGACUACAGGCGUGAAGACGUCAGGCGAUGGUCGCCCCAAAGAACACUCCACAGAGCGGGAGACGUCCAGUAUUGCAUCUGCUCCGGUUCACGGCCUCAGCCCGAUGGAGAAAUGCGCUAUAUACCCCGAGUCUCUUGACCUUAAACAGUUUCGCCUAGCUUGCAUUUCUCCUGCUGUGGACCAUGAUAACGCAAUACACAUCUCUCUCGAGACCUAUGUCCACGACGACUGCCCUGAGUAUGAGGCAAGUUCGUACACAUGGGGCGGUGAAAAUAAUGUCUCUACUCCCUGUCAGCCUGUCUACGUAGGAACAUACUGGGAUUUGAUCCUCCAAACCCAGAACUGCUGGGCCAUGUUGCGGUACAUGCGCCCAACACGAGGUCUUCGUCUAGUCUGGGUCGAUGCCAUUUGCAUCAAUCAGGACGACAUUCAAGAACGAGACAGCCAGGUCUCGAUCAUGGGUCAGAUAUACAAGGGAUGUUCUAGGGUUUUUGUGUGGCUAGGUCAGGACCUAGUUGCGCAACCCAAGGACAGAUAUCCUCCUCGCCAUCGUCUCGAAGAGCUUGAGAUUAGCACCUCAGCCCACCUUCAUGUAUCCUCGACAACAGGAAGGCUUGACAUUCGGCAGCUGCUUGAACGGCGAUACUUCAGCCGGCUCUGGGUCAUUCAAGAGCUCAUUUUACCCCCCCGCGCCAUCAUACCGAUUGGAGACAAGCUCUUUUGGGCUGACACUGCCAUGUUCACUCGUCUCGAGGAAUACGGCUUGAAGUGGGACCGGACGGCUGCCCCAUAUAUCCAGAGGCCGUCAAUUGCUAAAUCUACAUACUCUCGAAGCUUAUUACCAAGCGGAAAUCUCUGUAGCCUCAUGGCCCUUACGUCUCAGUCUCAAGCCAGCGAUUUAAGAGAUCGACUGCACGCUGUUCUUGGUCUUUGCCAGGACAAAUCUAAUCAGAUCGACCUCCGACCAGGCUAUGACCUUUCUCAUCAACACAUAUUCAUUGGCUUUUUUGCUUAUUGUAUCCUCAUUCAGCAUCAGACCGAGGUCUUGUUGAAUGCUUGCGGUCCUAUAGGGAGUGAGCCGUCAUGGGUACCCGGGUGGCGGACACAAGCCUCUUGGGAGUGUACCUUUCCUGGAAAGAGCGGAGAGACGGUUGACUUGUUCAACAGUCAACUAACUAUGAAUCGACUCCUUGUAGCCGUACGGGAGGCUCGAUCAUGGACAAGAGAUGCUAACAUCGUUCAGUUUGUAAGACACGAUGACCCACGCUGUGACAUGGAUGAUCCUGAGCACACCUAUGAAACCGAUGAUGGAAAGGAAAUCAGGGCAUAUCGGUUGAAAGUUCGCCAAACACGUCCGUGGCACCUAGGAGCAACUGUCAACUCCGAGACCGGAGCACUCUCGAUCAACCUCACCAAAGUAACCACCAUUAGUUCUCGUCCCAAAUUGCUCGGCUAUUCCGGGGCUUUUGGACUUUUCGAGAUACCGAUUGUCGACAAGGAUUCGCAUGCAAGGAGGGCAAUGUACAUGGCAACCAAGAACUCCAUAUGCGGGGUUGUCAGACCGGGGCAAGAUGAGGCUUUUGUCUUGGAUACGGGACAAUCACAACCUCUGAUCUACUUGAUUCUUCGAAGGAUAGGCUGCUCCCGACGUUUCAAAUUAUUGGCCUCCUCUCACGUUGUUUGUUUCGUAUCAUUGUACAAGAUACGUGACUGUGACUGGGCCUUGGCGCUCGACUGUUUGCAGAGUUCUGGGCUCUACGAACCUCUUCAACAUGCUGGGGAAUUCUUUAGUCAGCCACCCGGGCUCAGCAUGAAACAAGCCCUUGGCCGAAACAUGGGUGGCGAAGAAACAUGGACUUUCCUGCCGGCAAUGAUCGAGGGCGCAAAGGCACGCAAGGAAGAUCGAUAUGCUGAUGUUUAUGAUAGCGCAGCCGAGGAUCUUUAUCUGAGCAUGAUUGAUCCUAAACUCGAACCGAAGAUUGUCGACGACAGGUCCCGCAGUGGGGAAGAUGAUAUUAAGCGCUAUGUUGAGCUCAGGUUUCGUCAGCGUGACUGGGAGACGUGCAGCACUUUGUACACCGGGUCAACAGGGCCAUUAUUGGUGUGGGAGUGGUGCCUUGAGGGCAAAACUCGGCAUUGGCGUGACAUUACCAUAAUUCGACCAGUGGUGUCUUGGGAACAUUACGCACAGAGACUUGUUCUUCGAUGCCAAGUUCAAGAACUGUUCGACAGCACUUUCGGAAUAUGGUCUAAACUAAAGGACAAGCUUGAUUUCUACGGACUGUACAACUCUGGCAAGAUUGGGACAACUAGCCAAGAAGUGGAGGCAAGGCUGCGAGCAGGACCAACGGAGGAGGACUACUUUAUCGCUUGCCACUUGGAGACAUGGUCCGAGGACAUGUUCAAACAUCUCAAGCUAGACGGAGAUACUUAUCAGGUCUGCAUUGAAUGA